CCCCUCCAAGUCUCACAACUCCCCGGAUUUCAUAGCCUUUCUUGUUGUUGGGAUCCGGAAUCAACUUCCUUUGCUAAUUGUUUGAGAUGGCUACCAAUGGUGAGAUACUUGUGGACGAGCCACACAAAACCUUCGACACCAUUCUUACUCUGGAUUUUGGUUCUCAGUACACUCACUUGAUUACAAGACGUCUCCGCGAGCUCAAUGUCUACUCCGAGAUGCUUCCAUGUACUCAAAAGCUCUCCGACCUUUCCUGGAAACCUAAAGGCAUUAUUCUUUCUGGAGGCCCAUACUCCGUUUACGAAGCCGAUGCUCCCCACGUCGACCCUGCUAUCUUUGAGCUAGGAGUACCAAUCCUUGGAAUAUGUUAUGGUCUGCAAGAAAUUGCAUGGCAUCAUGGAAAGAACGUUGUGGCGGGAACCGAGCGUGAAUACGGCCACGCUGAGCUCCAAGCCAAGAGAGUCGAGGGACAUGUCGACAAGCUUUUUAAGGACUUAGAGGAUGACUUAAAAGUCUGGAUGUCACAUGGUGACAAACUGGGGGCUUUGCCUCCAUCUUUCCACAUCAUUGCUACUAGCAAGAACUCGCCAUAUGCAGGCAUUGGCCACGAGACCAAGCCAAUUUAUGGUAUACAAUUUCACCCAGAGGUGACACAUACAGCUCGAGGAAUCAAGCUCCUGGAGAACUUCGCGGUCGGUAUCUGUGGAGCAAAGCAGAACUGGACUAUGGCCAAGUUCGUGGACAAGGAAAUUGCCAGAAUUCGGGCUUUGGUAGGCGAAAAGGGUCAAGUUCUUGGAGCAGUCAGUGGAGGCGUGGACUCGACUGUAGCUGCAAAGUUGAUGCAUGAAGCUAUCGGGGAUCGAUUUCACGCUGUGCUCGUGGACAACGGCUGCAUGCGUCUUUAUGAAUGCGAGCAAGUGAAGGAGACUCUUACCAAGCACCUCGGCAUCAACCUUACUGUUGUCGACGCCUCUGACCUCUUCUUGGAUGGUCUAAAAGGGAUCCACGACAACCCAGAAGCAAAGCGCAAGUUCAUCGGCAGCACCUUCAUUGACGUCUUCGAAGCCGAAGCCCUGAAGAUCGAGAAUGAAGCCGAGAACUCUCCAAAAGCUGGCCGCAUUGAAUGGUUCCUCCAAGGGACACUCUACCCCGAUGUAAUCGAAUCAAUCUCCUUCAAAGGACCAUCCCAAACCAUCAAGACCCACCACAACGUUGGCGGUCUCCCCGAAAGAAUGAUGAACGGGCAAGGUCUCAAACUAAUUGAGCCCCUCCGCGAACUCUUCAAAGACGAAGUCCGUGAACUAGGUCGUCAACUCGGCAUCCCCCACGACCUCGUAAUGCGGCACCCGUUCCCCGGCCCGGGAAUCGCCAUCCGGGUCCUAGGCGAAGUAACCAGGGAACAAGUAGCCAUAGCCCGCAAAGCCGACUACAUCUUCAUCGAAGAGAUCCGCAAAGCAGGGCUGUACGACCAAAUCUCGCAAGCGUUCGCAGCGCUGCUUCCCGUGAAGGCGGUGGGCGUCAUGGGCGACAAGCGCGUGCAUCAACAGGUGAUUUCGCUACGCGCCGUGCAGACGACGGAUUUCAUGACGGCCAAUAUCUUUCGGUUUGAUUGGGACUUCUUGGAGAGGGUUUCGACGAGGAUUUGUAAUGAGGUGGAUGGGGUUUGUAGGGUGGUUUAUGAUUUGACUACUAAGCCGCCGGGGACGAUUGAGAUGGAGUAGAUGAAGAGAGAGAGGAGAGAUUGAUGAUUGAAACAAGACAAGUUAGAUGAGCUUGUUUUGUUGAAACAUGCUUCUCUCGUGUUGGAUACCCUUGUUCUGCUUUCUGGCGUUAGCGUUGGGUAAUAGACCAUAGAGGCGGCAACUUGCAUUUGAAACCCAAAUUGCGUUGAUUUGACACUUGUCUUAAUCACACCGUGAUGGCAUGCCCAUAUCAACCAAACUCAACC